AUGGCCUUGUUAACUAAACAAAACUUACGAAUUGGUGAUGAGAUAAAAGAUAUGGUUCAAAACAAAAUUCUGAAAAAAAGAGGAAUGUUAAAACAAAUCAAUGGCUUGCUUGAUAAAAAUCAACCAAAAAUUGAAGUAUAUUUUUCUAAGUGUAAUUCUAGUGCUAAUUCAAGAUCUCGGAGUAGUUCACGUUUAAAAAUUAAUGAUAAUAAUUCCAAACUGACUGAUACCAGUCCAGAAAAAUCCCCCCAAAAUAAUUCUGGAACUAAUGUAGAGACUGAUUUGUAUUGCUUGAUGCAUUCACCAGAAACUCGUAGUUUUAAACGUAGACUUGAAUCUGGAUUUAACUCUAGUGUUAAAAAGAAUAUAUUUAACACCAGUGUGAAUAGUAAAUUAAUACCAAGUGAAAACUAUAGUGCCAUACCAACAAUGUUAAUUAGUCCUGAUUGUUUAUCAAUAAAACGCAGUUUAAAAGAGACAAUUAAUAACUCUCGUAUUUAUAGAUCUCAAUCUCCAGCAUCUAGUGACUCUUCAACUGUAGACUCUAAAGACACCACACCUAGACGGGUAACUCGAAGUCAUGUAGUGGACAAUGAUGAAAACUCGCAUGAUAGUAUCACUUCAGUACGAUCCAGUAGUCGAUUAAAAUCAGUCUUAAAAGCUGCCAAUUUUAAAGCAUGA